AACCAACCAAACCCUACCCCCAACUCAUGCAGGUAUAAACCCCAUGCAUGGCCUCCAUCUUCAUUCACUCGAGCGCAAUAGGAGUUCGAAGAGGGAAACAAAGCAAAGGAGGCUGACAUGGAAACAAAAGCUGCCCCUGAUCAGCCUGUGUAUGAAGAUUUCGUCCCUUCAUACAAGUUAGUUCAAGAUGAAGGACUCGACACCAUCGUCAUCGAGCUCACAGAAUUUAAGAAAGAGCAAGUCAGGGUUCAAUUUGAGAACUUUCGGAGACUGAGUAUUAGUGGGGAGCGUCCUCUUGCAGACAACCGAUGGAGUCGAUUUCGCAAUGUCUUCGAAGCCCCAAAGGAAUGCGAUGAGAUCCGUGCUAAGUUUGAGAAUGGGCGUCUUUAUUUGAAAGUAUUACCAAAGAUCGCUGGAACCAGUAUGGAAGCUGCCAUCAUAAUAAGAGAAACCAGAGAGAAAGUUCAGCCUACACAAGCUACAAAACAAGAUGAAAAGAGAGGCGAACCCCACAAGAGAAAGGAUGAAGAGAAGGUGGGAGAGAAAGAGAAGGAUCAAACCAAAGAGAAGAAGGAUAAGGAGAAGGUUGAACCGGGCUUGGGCUUCUCCAAGCCAGUGCAGGUCCUGGCUAAUGUAAUUGUGGCUGUUGUGCUCUUGGUUGUGAUGGCGUUGUACGUGACCUCCAAAAAGUAAGCUUGGCAUGUUUCUAUUGGGACAUUGGAGGCAUUUGUGAUUUAUCAAAUGUGUAUGAUGCCUUAAAAAAAAAAUAAAGUGAGGAAUUGUUCUCAUUCUUUCUAUUUGAAA